AUGCGGUGGUUCUUAACUGGCCAAGCUAAAAGCCUCGCCGACCUAACUCGUCGUCAACAUCACACAAGCCAACGCUUUCUCUCGCUUCUUCCAACAUCAUCUACUCGUGUUCCUGCUCCUCUUCUUACUCUGUCUCGUUUCUUGAAUUCUACUUUGGACAUGGCUGCUUCUGAUCCCACUUCAUCUCUUCCCGUUACUCCUCUUGUCUCCAUCAAUCCCAAGGGUUACCCUGAUCAAGUUCUUUCUAGCCCUCCCAAAGUUAACAGAACAGUUUACAACAAAAGCCUUCGCAACUCCUCUGGAAUAGUUGCACUCCCUGGUUCUCGCUUCGGACAGGUUCCUGGGACAUGGCACUUCAGACACACAAUACUUCCAACAAAAGACAAGAUUCAAGCCACAAUGAACGGUCUACGAGAGGUACACAACAGUUCCGGCACCGCCAAGCAACCAACCGCCAAGAGCCCAGCCAAAAAGAGUACCAAAAAAAUCUCCUCCAAGAGCUCCAAAAAGAAACCCGGAAACAGUGCCGGCAAGGCCUCCGGCACAUUAUUUCCAAAACGCAGCAAAUUCAACAAACACCAUCGAGGAAGACUAAGAGGAAUAUCAUCCGGUGACAAUCGUAUCUGCUUCGGAAGAUACGCACUUCAAACACUCGCACCCGCUUGGAUCACAUCUAGACAGAUAGAAGCAGCGAGACGAGCAAUGGUGCGACAUGUACCACGUAGUGCAAAGAUUUGGAUACGUAUGUUUCCAGACAAGGCGGUCACGGGAAGACCGUGUGAAGUGCGUAUGGGUGGUGGGAAAGGACCUCAGGAGUAUUGGGUAGCUGUUGUUCAACCAGGUAAGAUUCUUUAUGAGAUGGCUGGUGUACCUGAAAGUGUAGCUAGAAAAGCUAUUACAGUAGGUGCUUCCAAAAUGCCUAUUAAGACCCAGUUCAUUUUUAAUGCAAAAACUAUAUAA